GGAGGUACUGGAGAGGGAGAGCAGGGCACAGACAACAGCAGCUCGGAGAUCUGGGGCUUCUCGCAAACCGUCCCGUGGGUGGAGAGUAGACAUAAGGGAGGAAGAGGUAGAGAGACGUGGAGUGAGGGAGAGUGAGAGAGAAAUAAGAGUGGAGGGGAGAGAGGGUGCAGGAGAGAGAAAGGGGGAAGCAAAGGAGGGGCAACUAGAGAGAGCAGGAGAGAGGGAAAGAGGUGGAGAGUGGGGCCGAGAGGGCAGCUCGAUACAGUGAGGCGGGGGAGAGGAGAACUGAGAGAGAGAGAGAGACAGAGUGUAAGAGUGGGGCAGGGUUGUAGGGAGAGAGGGAAGCAGGAGUGAGCGGAAGUGGGGCGGAAGGUGGAAACCGAGAGAGAUUCAGGGGAGGGGUGAGAUAGAAGAGAGGGAGAGGAAAGGCCAGAAACUGGAACUGUGACGGCAUUUGGAGAAGGGAGAGGUGUGGAGGAGAGAGGGGAGAGAGUGAGAAAAAGGGAUAGAGAGACAGACAGACACAGAGAGGUGGAGGAGAGUGUGAGAGAGGGGAGAGAGAGAGAGUGAGCGAGAGAGAGGGGGUGAGGGAAAGGGAGAGAGCAAGAGAGUCUGGCAGUUGUGCACGACUAUCCAACAUGUUUUCGGAAGGGAAGAAGGAAGGGGUGAGCACAAAGUUCGGGAAACUUCACAUCCCGUUCGGACUGUGGAUCAACUCCCCGAAGAAACAGCUGGUGAAAGCGGCCCGGAGGUGGCCCAGUGUGGGAUCGGUCAAGUCCACCUCGUCGGACACAGACAGCCGCCUUAGUGCCCCCCGCUCUCACCGUGUCUCCCAGCUCUUCGGCCGCUGGAGCAGUGAGAAGCGGCUGGUUUCCGGUGGGGAGGAGGAGCCGGCCGGGGGUGAAGACGGUCAGGAUGGUGAGGGGGGUGAACUGUCCACCCGCCCUGGGGCACCUGGCCUCCUCAAGGUGUACGGGGAGGGGCUGAUGGCCGGUGCCAACUAUAAGGGCGUGUUAGCUAGCCAGGGGUCCAGUGCACAGAGCCUGGUGCGCGAGGCCCUUCUCCGCUACGGCCUGCCGUCAGCCGACCCCAGCGACUACGUCCUGUGUGAGGCAGUGGGCCAGGGUCCCGGCGGGGACACCGCUGGUGGCUGGAGGGAAGCAUAUCGGCGGCCCGUAGGCUCCCACGAGCGGCCGCUGCUGAUCCAGGAGCUAUGGAAGCCCCAACGGGGCUACGACCGGAGGUUCGAGAUACGCCGCAGGGACGAGCUGGAGCGCGAGGAGGAGGAACGGCGCAGGAGGGAAGAGGACAGUGGAAACGAGGGAAGCAUGGGGCCCUUCCUUCGAGCCCGGCCCACACGCUGUGGUGCCACGUCAGGCCAGGCCCCGGCGCCAGGGGAUCGGGGCAGCCUCAGACGCAGCAUCAGCGAGGCCAACCUCAGCGAGAGGCGCCGGGUGCGUCGUAAAAACGUCAAGAGCAUGAUGGUGCUGCAGCGGGACGGGCAGACUGGGGGGCAAGAGGAGGAGGAGGUGGGGCCGGCAGAGGCACCAAAUGAGGCACCAGGCACUCUCAGCACGGAGGAAUAUGUCCAGAGUCUGGUUCGGCCUCCAAGACGUACCCCGUUCUUUAUCCUUCUUCAGGGCUACACCGAGAAGCAGGACUUCCUCAUCUACCCGAUGCCUGGCAAGACCCACACCUUCGGCCAGGCUCCCUCGUCCCCCCUCCUCCUCCCCUUUACCCUCCUCCUCCUCCUCUUCCCAGCUCCGCUACGGCCAGGCGACCUCCUGGGCCUUGGUCAGCACGUCCUGCUGAUGUACAGGGACCCAAGGCAGCCAGGAACACCCGCUCUCCCUGCCUGGCUGCCGGAGCCCAGCCGGAGCACGCCUGGCCUGCCGUCCCCCGCUUUUUCCUGCCACCUCUGCGGCCGCUCCCUCCGCGAUGACGCGGAGGCCCUCGCAGCUUACCUCGGUAGCCGGGAGCCCGUGCUGAGGUACCGGUCCGACGACCCGGAGGAGGAGAAGCUUCUGCUGGAGGAGAUUGUGACCCGGGCUGUGUUUCCAUCCGAGGAGAAGGAGGAGGCUGAGCCCCAGGAGGCCUCGUUUCCUGAGCUGGACGGGGCCUACAGUCUGGCCCCGGCCUACCUCUUCGCCCUCUGCAUCCAGCACACAACCGACACCCUCGGACCCCGCGGGAUGCCCGGCUUGCUCCUUCGGAUUGCAGGCCUCGUCAAGAAGGUCACCUGGGUGAGCAUCUGGGAGAGGGCAG